AAACUAAAAACAUUUGUCAUCGAUUCAAUUCAACCCAACAUUCCUCCUCCGGUACACCCCAGCCUACAUAUACGUACAUAUAGAGCGUGAGCGAGAAUAGCUCUUCGCCAGAGAGAGAGGAAGGCAAAUGGCGAGUCCCCAGAAGCCGUGGAAGGCCGAGUACGCGAAGUCGUCGCGAUCCUCCUGCAAGACAUGCAAGAGCCCCAUUGCCAAAGAGGUGCUCCGCCUCGGCAAGAUGGUCCAGGCCACCCAAUUCGACGGCUUAAUGCCCAUGUGGCAUCAUGCUGAUUGCAUACUGAACAAAGCUAAGCAGAUAAAAUCCAUUGAUGAUGUUGAAGGCAUUGAGUUGCUUCGUUGGGAAGAUCAGCAGAAGAUCAGGAAGUAUGUGGAGGGCAGUGGACCUGCAGCAACAAAUACUCUCACUAAUACAGAAUGUGGUAUUGAAGUUUCACAUACUUCUCGUGCUAGCUGCAAGUGCUGCAACCAAAAGAUUAUGAAAGGAGAGGUUCGUAUAUCCGCCAAGCCUGAUGGCCAAGGAGCUAGGAGCUUGACGUGGAACCAUGCCAACUGUUUCUUGGAAUUAUAUCCAUCUACCCAAGUGGAGAAGCUGUCUGGAUGGGAGAGCCUCUCAGCUUCCGACCAGGCAGCUGUCCGUGCCUUGGAUAAGAAGAAGGUUCCUUCUACUGCAAAGAGUGGCACUGAACUUGAGAUACAAGACAAUAAAGAACUCCUGCAACAAUCAACUUCCAAAGCUGGCAUAAAACGUAAAAAAGAUGUUAAUGUUGAUCAGAAGUCAAAAGUUGCAAAGGCUGGAGGCGACACAUCGGCUAGCAGGGCUGCAUGUAAGGAUAAUGUUGCUGACUCCAGGGAUUUGGAGAAUAAACUAGAGACCCAAACUAAAGAACUUUGGGCUCUAAAAGAUGAUCUUAAAAAACAUGUGACAACAGCGGAGUUGCGGGAAAUGCUUGAAGCCAAUGGUCUAGAUUCAACUGGAUCAGAACUUGAUUUGCGUGAACGCUGUGCUGAUGGGAUGAUGUUUGGAGCACUUUCUAGCUGUCCAAUAUGUUCUGGUUCUCUUCAUUAUUCUGGAGGCAUGUAUCGGUGCCAUGGGUUCUUAUCAGCAUGGAGCAAGUGUUCUUACUCUACUCGUGAACCAGAGCGUCUGAAAGGGAAGUGGAAAGUUCCAGAAGAGACCAAUAAUCAGUAUCUUAUCAAGUGGUUUAAAUCACAAAAGAAGACCAAACCUGUUCGGAUUCUUCCUCCACCAUCAUACAAUAAUACUUCUGGAAGUCAUGCUGCUAACUCUGAAUCUCAAUCAUCAAAGAGUGAAAGUUUGGGAGACUUGAAAGUUGCUGUAUCUGGAUUACCUAAGGAAUCCAUGGAGGAAUUUAAGAGAAAAAUUCAGGGGGCCGGUGGAGCUGUUCAUCCAAAGAUUAAGAAAGAUACUAACUGCUUAGUUGUGAGUGGAGUGCUGGAUGAUCAAAAUGCUGAGACAAGGAAAGCAAGGAGGAUGAAGUUACCAAUUGUUAGGGAGGAUUAUCUGGUUGAUUGCAUUAAAAGACAGAAGAAGCUUCCAUUUGAUUUGUACAAAGUUGAGGCCAUUGGUGAGGCCUCUAGCAUGGUCACUGUCAAAGUAAAAGGGAGAAGUGCUGUGCAUGAAUCUUCUGGUCUCCAAGAUACAGGUCACAUACUUGAGGAUGGGAAAAGCAUCUAUAACACGACUUUGAGCAUGUCUGACUUAUCAACUGGUGUUAACAGUUACUAUAUUCUCCAAAUAAUCCAAGAUGAUAAAGGGUUAGAUUGCUGUGUGUUUCGUAAAUGGGGUCGAGUGGGAAAUGACAAAAUUGGAGGAAACAAAUUGGAAGAAAUGUCAAAAUCCGAUGCAAUUCAUGAAUUCAAGCGUUUGUUCAUGGAGAAGACUGGGAAUCCGUGGGAGGCAUGGGAACAAAAACAAAAUUUUCAGAAGCAACCUGGCAGAUUUUUCCCAUUGGAUAUUGACUACGGGGUAAACAAACAGGUCUCUAAGAAUAGACAGAACAAUGCAGUCAGCAAACUUGCUCCUGCAUUAGUAGAAUUGAUGACGAUGCUCUUUAAUGUGGAAACAUACAGAGCUGCCAUGAUGGAAUUUGAGAUUAAUAUGGCAGAGAUGCCACUGGGAAAACUGAGCAAAAGCAAUAUCCAAAAGGGUUUUGAGGCAUUAACUGAAAUACAGAAUCUGCUAAAUAGUAAUUCCCAUGAUCCUUCUGUCAAGGAAAGCUUGAUUAUUGAUGCCAGCAAUCGUUUUUUCACUAUGAUCCCUUCCGUUCACCCGCAUAUUAUUAGAGAUGAGGAUGAUUUCAAGUCAAAGGUUAAAAUGUUAGAAGCUCUCCAGGACAUUGAAAUCGCCUCCAGAUUAGUAGGUUUUGAUGCUGAUAAUGAUGACUCCCUAGAUGAAAAGUAUAUGAAGCUCCAGUGUGAUAUUGCUCCCCUUCCUCAUGAUAGUGAAGAUUAUCGGUUGAUUGAGAAGUAUCUCCUUAAUACUCAUGCCCCUACUCAUAAGGAUUGGACUCUUGAGCUGGAAGAAGUUUUCUCACUUGAAAGAGAAGGGGAAUUGGAUAAGUUCGCACCCUAUAGAGAGAAGCUCAAGAACAGAAUGCUCCUCUGGCAUGGUUCUCGGUUGACAAAUUUUGUGGGAAUACUUAGCCAGGGACUGAGAAUAGCUCCUCCUGAAGCUCCAGCAACUGGCUAUAUGUUUGGCAAAGGGGUUUACUUUGCUGACCUGGUCAGCAAGAGUGCGCAGUAUUGCUACACUGAUAAGAAAAAUCCUGUUGGCUUAAUGGUUCUUAGUGAAGUUGCUUUGGGGGAGGUCUAUGAGCUCAAGAAGGCCAAAUAUAUGGAUAAACCUCCUGAAGGAAAGCACUCUACAAAAGGACUUGGCAAGAAUAUACCUCUGGAGUCGGAAAGUGUCAAGUGGAGGGAUGAUAUUGUAGUUCCUUGUGGCAAACCAGUGCCAUCAAAAGUCAAGGCCUCCGAGCUCAUGUAUAAUGAGUACAUCGUUUACAAUACAGCUCAAGUGAAGAUGCAGUUCUUGUUGAAGGUGAGGUUUCAUCACAAGAGGUGAGGAGGGAGAGGUAAGUGGAUAUGUACUAUUUUGUGGAAUGGCAAUCAGCAAAUUCACACGAUGUUCCCCCUGUUUUGUUAUCCUUUAACCUCCCGAGUCUUCUUGAUUAAGAUCUCAUUUUGGGGUUUGCUGGAGAUCUUUCAACUUCUAUGUUUGCUAUGUAAAUAUGGCUCCUAGGUACUGGAAGCAUUUACCAUGAGAUGUGCGCUUUUUUUGUUCAUGGAUUCUCCCCUUCCAUACUGUGAUAUAUUUUCAAAACGCCACAAGCUUAAGUACAAAUGUUGGUCUCUUCUCAUGCUAA